UAUUAGACAACGACAACUUAUAUUAAUUGUUCAGUAAUUAUAAUGAAGGUGACUUGUUGAUUUAUCCGCAUUGGUGAAGUGGGUCGACACGUAUUUCACUCGUAUUUCAUGGGAACGGGGACAACAAUGUUAUGGGCGUGGCCACGGUGACGUCAUUGUGCCACUGACACGUACAGCAGGAAGAAGAACGGCUGCCAAACAGUCGAUAGCUUGUAGCAGAGUAAGUUAAAGUUCAAGAAUCUUCAGUUCCCGAAAGCCCGGAGUACAUCAUGAACGUGUUUGACCGCAACAUCAACUUUGACUCCCUCUUCAAGUUCUCCCAAAUAUCUCAUUCCACCCAGGUGCACUUGAAGAAUGUGUACUCCAGCCUGGCACUUUGCAUGUUUGUGUCCGCAGCUGGCUCUUACGUCCAUGUCGUCACACGCCUCUUCCAGGGAGGUGUGCUGUCUGUACUCGGCUCUUUGGGCAUGAUGUUUUGGCUUGCCAUGACGCCACACAACUCUGAAACAGAGAAGAAGAGACUGGCCAUCUUGGCAGGAUUUGCCUUCCUAACAGGUGUUGGCCUUGGCCCCACACUGGACUUUGUCAUCGCUGUCAAUCCGAGCAUCAUCCUGACUGCUUUCAUGGGAACCUCAGUGAUUUUCAUUUGCUUCACUCUCAGCGCUCUCUAUGCCAAACGCAGGAGCUAUCUGUUCCUUGGAGGCACUCUGAUGUCCGGCCUUUCCCUCCUGUUCCUGAUGUCUGUGAUGAACAUGUUCUUUGGAUCUGUGAUGCUGUUUAAGGCGCACAUGUACCUCGGGCUGCUCAUCAUGUGCGGCUUUGUCCUGUUUGACACUCAGCUCAUCAUUGAGAAAGCAGAGAAUGGCGACAAGGACUACAUCUGGCACUGCGUUGACUUGUUCCUGGAUUUCAUCACCAUCUUCAGAAAACUUAUGGUCAUCCUUGCAAUGAACGAUAAGGAGAAGAAGAAGGAAAAGAAGUGAAGAACAUUUGCAAUUUACAAACAAUUUGUCAGCAGAGGCACAAUUUGCAACGCAUUUGGUGCUUUUCACUUUAUGUCUUCAUUUAUUCAAUUAACUCCUAAUGUGGUCUUAUAUUAUUAAAAUUACUUUGAUUUAACUUCUGAACUUUCAACAACAGUUGAAUGUAGGUUUAUGGUAAACUAAUGCUACUCCCUGUCAUGGCUGUGAGUGGAGAAUUAGACUAAUGCUGCAGUGAACAUGCUUGGCCUGUAGAGGGGAGUGUCGCCCUAUGAAGACUCAUUAUUUAGUGCCAUAAAGGAAUGACGUGAUGGGCUCCUUUCUUUUUAGUGGGUCAUGUCAGCUUCUGAGGCUAAUUGUUUUUUUGUCGUUGAUUUGCUUAUUCUUUAGUUUCCCUCCAUUCUCUUUAGUGGAGUGUCAUAAGAUGAGGUGGCCCAUGAUUUUGACAAUAGGUUAUCCCUUUUUAAAAAGUGUUCCCGUCGUUGCUUUUGUUCCGACAACUUUUCUUUUGAGACCAACAUUUUGUGUAAGAAUGGUGACGCCGGGUAACACGGACAAACCCUAAAAGCCUGUCGGAGUUAUGAUCCACAACAACUCAUUCAGACAGACCUUUGGGAUUUAGUGUGUUGGGAGCUGGAGGAAGACGUCUGUGCCAUCUGUCUUUACAGCUGAUAGUUGUUCAGACCUCUCCCAGUGUACAUUUCUCUAAAUAUCUUGUCUAGAAAGUAGUUAGCCAAACGAUGUGAUGUUAAACUUAAUGAUUUUUUGGAAAAUGUAUACUGUGAAGAAUUUAUUUUAUCGAUGUAAAAUUUCAACUAAUUUGAUACAUUUGCUCAAAUAAAUGUGUUGAACGUA